UUUCUUUUUUUCUUUAUUUACGGAAGUCGUAAUAACAAUCAAUUUCCCCUUUUUUCUAAAGUCAUUUGUAUUGCCCUCUUUGGUUCUGAUGAUGUUUGCGGAAAAGAAUGAGCUCAGAUGCAUUUGAGCGCUUUCCCUAAUCCUGAAUGGGCUUCGUCAGAGCAGAGGAUGUUCACCGUGCGCAGCCGCGCGCUCUCACGCACAGACUUCGUCCGCCUCAGCAGGGAGCCUCUCUCCCCGCGCAGUUUUCGUUUUCAGCUUUGGUUGUUUGGAGGAGAGUCUGGCAGGAUGGAAGCUCUCUGACCGCCUUCAGACCUCCUCACAUCUCCGCGAGCGCAUCACGGUUUCCCUUAGCAACGGCGGGCACACCUGUCGAGCUUCAGGCUCCAGUCAUGAGAAGAGAAAGAAGCUCGCGUCCUCUGUCUGUGCUGGUCUGCUUCAUCGCUCUGUGGCAAACACGGUUGAGAGCAGUCGGUAAUUCAACACAGAACUCCAAAGACAUUGCAACAUUCACCAAAAUCUUGGACAGUCUCCUAGAUGGGUAUGACAACAGACUCAGACCUGGCCUUGGAGACCGAGUGACAGAAGUAAAGACAAACGUCUAUGUGACCAGUUUUGGACCAGUGUCUGACACAGAUAUGGAAUACACAGUGGAUGUCUUCUUCCGUCAAAGCUGGUUGGAUGAACGGCUGAAGUUCCAUGGACCAAUGGAGAUCCUUCCUCUCAACAAUCUGAUGGCCAGUAAGAUUUGGACCCCUGACACAUUCUUUCAUAAUGGCAAGAAAUCUGUGGCCCACAACAUGACCAUGCCCAACAAACUUCUGAGGAUCAUGGAGAAUGGAACGCUGCUCUACACUAUGAGGUUAACAGUUCAAGCUGAGUGUCCCAUGCAUCUGGAGGACUUCCCCAUGGACUCACAUUCAUGUCCUCUUAAGUUUGGCAGCUAUGCCUACACAAAGACAGAGGUAACUUACAUCUGGACAAGAAAUGCCUCCCAGUCAGUAGAUGUAGCAGAUGAUGGGUCGAGGCUCAACCAGUAUGACUUGGUUGGACAGACUGUUGGAAAGGAGACCAUUAAAUCCAGCACUGGUGAAUACACAGUGAUGACGGCUCAUUUUCACUUAAAGCGGAAGAUUGGAUACUUUGUGAUCCAGACGUAUUUGCCCUGCAUCAUGACAGUUAUCCUAUCCCAGGUUUCCUUCUGGCUCAACCGGGAAUCAGUGCCUGCUAGAACUGUGUUUGGAGUAACCACAGUUCUCACAAUGACGACCCUGAGUAUUAGUGCCCGUAACUCUCUGCCAAAGGUGGCCUACGCUACUGCCAUGGACUGGUUCAUUGCAGUCUGCUAUGCAUUUGUCUUUUCUGCUCUCAUUGAGUUUGCCACUGUUAACUACUUCACCAAGCGAGGCUGGGCUUGGGAUGGAAAAAGUAUUGUCAAUGACAAGGAAGCGACUGUCAAGAAGGAGAAGAACACCUACGCUGUAGCUGUGGCAAACUACAAGCCCAACAUCACUAAAGACUCAACACUGCCCACCAUCUCCAAGUGCACUCUGAACGAGCCCAACAAGAUCACAGGAGGAAUGAAGCCCGAGCAGAACAAGAAAACCUUCAACAGCGUCAGCAUAAUCGACCGCAUCUCCCGUAUUAUGUUCCCUGUGUUGUUUGGCACCUUCAACCUAGUCUAUUGGGCCACUUACCUGAAUAGAGAAAAAGUAAUCAAAGACCUGGAUCCAUCUAAAUGAACAGCAAGGGCCCAGCACAACAACACGUCACACAUUCAGGACAACAACGCUUAAUUACAGCUGCUUUGGUUACAUAAAUCUACCUUCUCAUUACUGGACACAGUUUUCAGCCAGUAUAGAUACACAUUUCUAAAUAAGUUUAGAGCACACAGAAUUUUCAUGAAAUCUUUUUUUAAAGAUAUAUUAUGAUGUAAUCAUAUAAAAUACAGCAUAAACCAGGAUAACUGAAAUGCUGCAGGGUAUAGUGUUCUGCAGUUCCCCUCAGGUUCAAAGAGGCAUUUUCUCUUCACCUUUACUAAGUUUACAAAAGCUCUUAGAAAAAUGGCUGUCCACAAUCUGCUUGGAACCAAUCAGCAGAGAGAUGAGGUAAUCAGAUGUUUAUGAUAUCAGAUGAGCUGCGCAGUUUAUGGGAAUGAGCAUUCCAAGAAAAAGUACUACAAUAAUCACAAAUAGCUGAAUAUUUUUUCAAAUACUGUGUAAACACACUCAGACAUAUAUAUUGAUAUAAAGUUUAGCCCAAAUAUUUACAUACACUUUAUGAAAUGAAGCUGCAUGGUGGCACACUUGUUAACACUAUAACACAGGUUUGCCCAGUCUCAGUUUUUUUUUAUGCAUGGAGUUUGCAUGUUCUCCCUGUGCAUGGAUGGGUUCUCCCCGGGUACUCCAGCUUCCCCCCACAUUCCAAAAACAUGACUUUUUGGUGAAUUGGUUACUCUAAAUAGCCUCUAUAAAUGUAUAUGUCUGUGUGUUAUUUGUCCUGUUUGUCUCUGUGUUGCCCUGUGAUGGACUGGUGACUUUUUCCAGGGUGUACUCCCCCCAGGCUAUCAAUCCAGCUCGAUGACUGCUGGAGGUAGGCACCCCCAGAUCCUGCAAGGAUAGGUGGGUACAGAUAAUUGAUAGAUGUGAUAAAUGACGUAUAAUAAUUUUUUCUCACUGUCUCACAUUAACACCAAAUUUUCUUGUUUUUGAUCAGUUUAGAUAUAUAGCACCAACAUAGCACCAAUUCUAUAAUGCUGAUUCACAACAUAUGCCAUGUCAAAGCACUUUACAAAAUAGACAAAUUCCAUUGAUUGACAGAAAUAUAAAGUCAAAUCACUCCAUCACAUAGACAGAUUUAAAGUUAACUACAAUAACUGUUUGAUCCUACAAAAACAAAGCAGUAAAGUUCAGUUUAUUAGGUCAAUUGGUAAAACGUUUUCUAUGAAAGGAAACCUAGGCAAUUGCUUCAAGUUGUUAACUUUGCAGAAAUCACUCAUACAUGUGGGGAAAGUGGAAAGGAAAACUCCCUCAUGUACACCCUGAGAUCAUGGGGUCAAGGCAUCCUAAGCUUCUGAUUUCUUAAUGUACAACAUUUGAAUUAAACAGAAAAACACAUGAGGAUGUGUGUCAAGGCAACAUCUCAAACACACUGUGUCAAAAUAAAUUAGCCAAGAUUUAUUUUGGCAGAUUUAUUUUUGCCAACAUAAAUCAGUCGAGAUAUUAGUAAGAGAGUACUUACUAAUAUCUUGUAAGUACAUUAGUAAGCCAAGAUAUUAAUAAGAGAACUAUGGAUGUUCCUAAGUUUGGUCCUUCCAUGGGUACAAUUUUGAGAUUCUUGAAGAUGUCAUGUUGUAGAAAACAGAUUGAAACAAUUAUGUAAGUAUAAACACCAUGGAUGUCCAGCCAUUAUGCUGUUCCCAGAGGAAAACAUGUUGUGGUGCUAAAUGUUUGAAUCAAACGUAGAACACAUUUUGUAAAGAUGGUGACUAAAGUAGCUAAUAGUGGUUUUUCCACAAUGAAACUCAUCUUUUACUCCAUGGGCUGCGAGGCUACUCAGAGAGGAAGAAGUCAAAACUCAAAAAUCAAAAUAAAAAAGUUCACAGUGUGCAAAUACACUCAGGGACAAAAAUCUUAAUUAGUGGAGAUGUGCUUUUGUCUGAUGAACACUAAAUGGAAAGAUGCCCAAUGAUUAAAAUGUCGAUUAUUACAUUUGGAAGAAACGAGGGAAUAGAAGGGGAGGAAAAUAGCAUUAUGUGG